AUGAUAGAAGGUGUGACAUACUCAGGAUUGCACCUGGGUGCAUGUGCAGCUGGGUCGGAUGAACCUGGCCCAGAGGGCCUCACCUCUACCUCCCUGCUGGACCUCCUGCUGCCCACUGGCCUGGAGCCACUGGACUCAGAGGAGCCCAGUGAGGCCAUGGGACUAGGAGCUGGCCUGGGAGCCCCUGGCUCUGGCUUCCCCAGUGAAGAGAGUGAGGAGUCCCGGAUUCUGCAGCCACCACAGUACUUCUGGGAAGAGGAGGAGCUGAAUGACUCAAGCCUGGACCUGGGACCCACUGCAGACUAUGCUUUUCCUGACUUAACUGAGAAGGCAGGUCCUAUGGAAGACACAAGCCAGGCCCAAGAGGUGCCAAGCCUCCCUUCUCCCUUGCCCAAGAUGAAUCUGGUUGAGCCACCCUGGCAUAUACCUCCUGAAGAGGAGGAAGAAGAAGAGGAGAGGGAAAAGGAAGAGGUAGAGAAGGAAGAGGAGGAGGAGGAGGAAGAAGAGGAGCUGCUCCCUGUGAAUGGAUCCCAAGAAGAAGCCAAAACUCAGUUCCAUGACUUUUCUCCCACCAGCAGUAGCCAGACUCCAGGGUCCACCAAACUCAGGCAAGAAGAUUCUGGGGACCAGGCCUCGUCGGGUGUGGAGGUGGAGAGCAGCAUGGAGCCAAGCUUGUCACCGUUUUCAGUCACCCCCAAUACAGUGACCCUGGGGCAUCAGGACUUUACCAGCCCAGAGGCAGGGGGCACAAUGCUGCCAGGUGCAGGGUUUGGGGCAGAGUUUGAGGCUCCUCAGGAAGUGGGUAAGGAGGCUACUGUGGGAGCAGCUGGAUUGGCUGGCAAACAAGGGGAGGUGCUGUCCUUGACAUCAUUUCCACAAAUGAAAGUUCCAAGUGGGACUGAGACUCUCAAAGAAGAUCACCUUCACCCCAGAACCUUAGCGCCUUUCUCACUGGCCCCCCAAGACAUGGAACUGACACCUUCCUCUGCUACUUUGGGGCAAGAAGACCUCAACCAGCAACCCCAGGAAGGGCAAGCAGCUGAAGCUCAAUCUAGAAUACCCUGGGAUUCUACUCAGGUGAUCUGCAAGGACUGGAGCAACCUGGCUGGGAAAAACUACAUCAUUCUGAACAUGACAGAGAAUAUAGACUGUGAGGUGUUCCGGCAGCACCGAGGGCUGCAGCUCCUGGCCCUGGUAGAGGAGGUACUGCCCCGCCAUGGCAGCGGCCGCCAUGGGGAUUGGCACAUCUCCCUGAGCAAGCCCAGCGAGAAGGAGCAGCAUCUGCUAAUGACCUUGGUGGGCGAGCAGGGGGUGGUGCCCACUCAAGAUGUUCUUUCAAUGCUGGGUGACAUCCGCAGGAGCCUGGUGGAGAUCGGCAUCCAGAACUACUCCACCACAAGCAGCUGCCAGGCACGGCCCAGCCAGGUGCGCAGUGACUACGGGACGCUCUUUGUGGUGCUGGUGGUCAUCGGUGCCAUCUGCGUCAUCAUCAUCGUGCUCGGCCUGCUCUACAACUGCUGGCAGCGCCGGCUGCCCAAGCUCAAGCAUGUGUCACAUGGCGAGGAGCUUCGCUUCGUGGAGAACGGCUGCCACGAUAACCCCACGCUGGACGUGGCCAGCGACAGCCAGUCGGAGAUGCAGGAGAAGCAGCCCAGCCUGAAUGGUGGUGGGGCUGUCAACGGCCCGGGGGGCUGGAGCACUCUCUUGGGGGGCAAACGGGACCCCGAGGACUCGGACGUGUUUGAGGAAGAUACGCACCUGUGAGACACCCCGGCCCGGACGCAGCAAGCGGGCCGAGGGCUGGGGCCUGAGUCGGACCCUGCGGCCCCCCUUCGCUCCCGCUCUGCUUGCGACUGGGCGCCAGAACGAGAAGGGCAGGCCCGCAGUGACCCCGCGCCUCCCCUGCCCUCUCGGGUCAUUGGGUCGCCCACCCUGCAGUCUGACCCUCGAUGCGGGGGGCUUCUCUCUGCUUCCCGCCAACAUUACAAAACAACCUUUGCACAGUCCCCCUACCCACUCCCACCCUGAAGCCCUGAAUAUGAACCCCGGCUUCAGACACUGGCCCGGUCGGGGCAGCUCACCCUGGGACAGGACCCUGCCUUCCCGACCCCUUGCUGAACCCUGGGUCUGUGGCCACUGACCCUCCAUGCCCCGCCCGCCCAUCCGCCGGCUCUGAGUGUGGGGAUGCAGGCGGCAGGUGCAACCUGCACACCGGGACUCCCAUUAAACCG